AUGCGAACAUCCCUGACAACGCUGUUCCUCUGGGGCGCAGGCUCGGUUGCCUCGGUUGUGUGUGCCAAGAGCUGCUCGUACGGGGAUGAUCCUCAAAUCAUCGCCCAUACGGGCGAGCCAGUGGGGACCGAGAAGAUGUACAACGGAGUGAAUCUCUACAUCUCCAAGCCGUCGUGUAAGAGCCCAAAAGUGGGUGUCUUGUAUCUCACAGAUGUCUUUGGCAUCCAAUUGGCCCAGAACAAGCUCCUAGCGGACUCGUUCGCCCGAGCGGGUUUCUUGGUCGUUGCGCCAGACAUGUUCGACGGCGAGCCGGCCCCCUUGGACUUUGACACCCCCGGCUUCAACGCGACUGAGUUCACGCUCAAGCACGGGCCCAACGCGACGGAUCCCAUCCUCGCCAAGGCAGUGGCUUACCUCAAGACGACCGGCGUGGAGAAGAUCGCGGCGACCGGUUACUGCUACGGCGGUCGGUACACUUUCCGCGUGCUCGCUGCUGGCGGCGUUGACGUGGGCUUUGCUGCCCACCCGAGUCUGCUGGAGGAUCCUGAGAUUUUGGCUAUCACGGGUCCGAUCAGUGUUGCUGCCGCUGAAACCGACGUGAUGAUGCCGCCCGAGAGGCGCCCCGAGAUGGAGGCUCUGUUGCUUACCGCCGCUCAGCCGUACCAAUUCACCCUGUAUGGUGGCACCUCUCACGGGUUUGGUGUACGAGGGAAUGUUUCCGAUCCCCAGCAGAAGUUUGGCAAGGAGGGCGCUUUUUACCAGCGGUUAGGUGGUUUGAUGCUUGGGCUGGUGGCGCGCUGUAAGGGGCUUUAG